AUGGACACAGCUCACUGGCCACAGGGGGUUGGAGUGGUUAAAUCCAUGGAAGAUUCUUCUCCUUCAAGGCCCAUCUUAGAGAGAAGGGCAAGGCCUCAGAAGGAUCAAGCUUUGAAUUGUCCAAGGUGCAAUUCAACCACCACUAAAUUCUGCUAUUACAACAAUUAUAGUCUCUCUCAGCCAAGAUAUUUUUGCAAGACUUGUAGAAGGUAUUGGACUGAAGGCGGCUCUCUAAGAAAUGUUCCUGUGGGUGGAGGCUCAAGGAAGAAUAAUAAGAGAUCGAAUUCAUCUUCACCGUCAACCUCUUCAGCAAAGAAGGUUGCUCAUGAUCAUCAUAAUCAUGUCACCACCAAUACCCCACUUGGCAAUUUCCCUCAGCACCACGACUCUGCGUCUCAAAACCCUAAGAUCCAUUUCCAAGGCCAAGAUCUCAACUUAGCAUACCCACCAACUGAUCAGGAAUAUGAUCAGGUACUACCCUUUAGUAUUGACAACAAAAGCCAGCACCAGCUGAACCCUAGCUCUUCUACCACGACUUCAUCUCAUCAUCAUCAUCAUCAUUUGUCAGUUACGGAGCUGCUCAAGACUGGGAUUGCAUCAAGGGGGUUGGCCUCUUUCAUGCCCAUGGGUGUACCUGAUCAUUCGAAUAAUAAUAAUAAUAUUACAAUGUUUUCUACUGGGUUUCCCAUGGGUGUGCAAGAAUUCAAGCCAAGUCAUGGGCUGAGUUUUUCUCUAGAUGGGUUCGAGAGUAGCGGGUACGGGUGUCUUCAAGGGGUGCAAGAGGCAAACAAUAGUCAUGCAAGGCUCUUGUUUCCUACAGAUGAGGAUUUGAAGCAGCAGAUUCCAAGCACCACUACUAUCACCACUGAAUUUAAUCAGCACACCAGAGGGGAAGGGGAUUCUGGUGGGUAUUGGAACGGAAUGUUAGGUGGAGGUUCAUGGUAA